UAAAUUUGGUUCCCCCCCACCUCACUUAUAAAUCUCUUACAUCUUCAUCUCCUUUUGUGUUACCUUAAAACCCUUUUGUUUAUCAAUGGCUUCAUCUGUCUCAUUGUACGAGGUUCUGGGUGUACCAGUGAGUGCAAACGGUAGUGAAAUCAAGGCAGCUUAUAGAAGACUUGCGAGAACGUGGCACCCUGAUGUUGUGUCUGUAAACCAGAAAGAAAUGUCUGCUGAUCGGUUCAUGAGAAUCCAUGCAGCGUAUUCCACGUUGUCGGAUCCUAAUCAACGUGCGGAUUAUGAUAGGAAUCUUAGACGGUGGAACCGUCCCUUUACGACUAUGGAAGCAACUGCGACGGCGGUGGAUUCGUAUGGGUUUUCUAGUUAUGGUGCUAAUAGGAAUUGGGAGACCGAUCAGUGCUGGUAGUUAAUUAUAUGUAUUUUUUUUUAUGACUAAUAUUUUUUUUAUAAAUUAAUCUUUUUAGAAUUUA